AUGAAGGAGCUGGAAAGGCUGAGAGAAACCGUCCCCUCUGGUGGAAGCAGAGACAUAGGCAGCGUGGUGGCAAGGAGAGGCAGGGAACCCCAGGAGAGGGGCUUGAGAUGGCAGGAGCAGCUUCUGGAUAAGACAGAAAACCAAAUCAGCAACUUGGAGCGGAUGGUCCAGGACAUUGAAUUCACCCAGAUUGAAAUGAAAGUCAUUGAGGGUCUGAAAAUAGGCAAUGAAUGUCUGCACAAAAUGCACCAGGUUAUGUCAAUAGAAGAAGUAGAAAGGAUCAUAGGUGAAACCCAGGAUGCUGUGGAGUACCAGAGGCAAAUAGAUGAGAUCCUGGCUGGCAGUCUGACUGAGGAGGAUGAAGAUGCCAUUCUAGAGGAAUUAAAUGCUAUUACUCAGGAACAGGUGGAGCUUCCAGAAGUUCCUUCCGAGCCACUCCCAGAGAAGAUCCCAGAAGCGUCGCCCGUCAAGAACAGGCCAAAACCAGAGCUGGUGGCAGCAUCUUAACUCCCACUUCUGGGGAUUCCCCACGUAACUUUCACCCAGGACAGUUUGCCACCCCAGCGUGUGCUGGGAACAAGCACUGCCUUGGCAGCAUCCCAGCUGUGCUGGGCGGAUUGUGGAGCAGGAUUCCCUGUGCAGGGUGGGGAACCUCAGCUGAUUAUGGCUCUUGUAUCAAGAUUAUUUUCUAGUGCUUUCUUUUUUUUGUAACUUAAAUUCUGAACUCACUCAGCUGCGCUGUCUUGGGAUUAAACAACGACUCCCAAACUUCUGAAGCCAAAA